AAUUAUAUAUGAGAUGAUUUUAUUCGAUAUUUUCGCAAACCAUUUUUAAUUGAUCUUUUUUAUCACUGUGAAACAAAAAUGCCGAUUAAUAAGGACAAUUGAAAAUAAUAACUAAAACAAAAUCUUUAAUUCUUUAAGCCUUCUGAAUUUGUCUAAACUUGAAACAUUCUUAACUUUAACUGAAAUAACACUAUUGAUUAAAUAUUAUCAAUAAAAAUAUAAAAUUAUUUAAUAAACUAUAAUAAAACUAAUAAAAAUAUAAUAAAAAAGUCGUGUUUGCAAUUAUAUCACAGAUGUAUCGGUUUAUAGGAAUUCGUGCCGCAAAUCGUUUAUUUUUUUAUUUACUUCGUGCUGAAUACGGAGCGAAAAAAAAGUAGCUGUCCUUCGUUUAUCACACCCUCGCAUAAUUACGGACGUUUAUCACAACGUUUGAUCGGCUGUGCGGGGACUAAGGGAGUGAUCGAAGUUACAGUGUUUACACAAAGGUUUUCUUUUCACAAGUAGGUCUCCUUAUAGCGACGAUGACAAAGGUUUCUUCAGUUCUACGCGCGAUUUUCAUCGAAGAAUACGUAUAACACUGAGAUAACAAAAUUAUUUUAAUUAUUCGUCAUAUCGGAAACAUCGUAUCGGAUAAAUUGAGAAGUACUUUUACGAAUACAUUAUUUGCGUUUUUGUAUCAUGUAAAGUGACACUUUUUAUUUUAAUUACAUUAAAUUGAAUAUUAGUGUGUAUUAUAAUUUCACAUAUUGUCAUGUAAAAUUAAAGACGCGAAAGAAAUUUUGAUUGUGUUUUUCGAACAUAAAGAAGUACAUAUUAACACUAAUAAAAAUGGCACGUAAAUUAUGUUUACCAAUGUAAUCAACAGUAGAUACAGAUCGCAGCUGAUCGUGAUUAUAGAUGUAAAUCGCGACACAUCAUUGACACGAAAGACCUAAUAUUACUUGUCAGAUCGAUCGAAGAAUACUGCGAACAACGACUGUGUUUUUGUCUGUAUGCGUAAAUACAAGACAUUGUUGUUGCCACCGUUGCGUGGCGAGUUACACAGUAAGCUGGGGGAAUUGUAAAUUAUAAAUAAAACUUAAUGAAUACGCGGUGAUCCUAUUAGUGGAAAGGUAAAUACAAAUAUUCUUUUUAAAUGAAUAAUAAAUAUAAAUAAAAUGAUGGAAAAUCUCAUUUUACUUCUAUUUAUUUCUGUUGCUUUACAUUUUGAAAUGUAAAUGUGUGUAUGUAUGUACAUUCUACAAGGGGUAGUUCAGAAAAUGGUGUAUCAAUACACGGAAAAAUUAAUUAUUCGAUAAAUUAAUAAUUUUUACCUUUAAACACUGAUAAGGCGCAAAUACGCUUUCGCGCAUAAAUAUACAAUGUAAUAUUGUUUGCGUGUGUAUUAAACCGACAAUAACAACUUUCGCUUUUAUUAUUCUCGUUUAACGCUGGCCUAAUAAUACGUUCUACAUAGGAAACAGCAUGAUUGCGGGAACAUCGUGCUUAUCAAUUGGAUCGCACGCGAUAAAAAGAUCACCCGGAUUUAUUUUCUUCCUUGUCCUCGAUGAGACAAGUCCUCGAACGAGACCAAACUGAGAUCAAAGCUCUUUUUACAGAUCCUGACUGAAAACGUGCCUCUGCACGCGCGCAUUUUCUCAGAAAGCUCGUCGUACAUUCAGGUGCGCAUGCCAUACACGAGUGUGUAUUUUCGAAGGAUAAUCAUCGGCCAAGAGCGUUCGAUCGUCGACAACAAUUAUUCACCGACAAUCUGACGAAUACGAAUGGACGAGUACGCGAGUGCAUAAAACAAAUGCAUCCACACUGUGACCGGCCGCUUCCUGUUGGCGAUUCUCUCCAAUGUACAACGCGAAUUCCGUAAAUCUCAACGGAAUCCAUCCAAUGCAGCUCGCGAGUUAUUUUGCGACCGCGCCUGUGAAUAUCAUUGACGAUAUGUCUGAAAAAAUGCAUGUGCAAUGGAAUGAUUUCGAUAAGCAACAAACAACAAACAAAAUGGCGAAUAUGUCUGUAGACAAGCCCUCAAAGCCCGUGGACGAAUAUGACGUAAAUUCCGAUGGCGCGAGUAACAAGUCGGUAAACAGCGAUCUAUACCAAGCGGUGUUCCCGAUCUAUCACCUCAGCAAACUGUCCGGCGUAUUUCCGACGAGAUUUGUCGCACAGGCAUCUGGCAGAUAUCAAGGCCGAUUGAGCAUCAUCGACAGCGUUUACAGUAUAUUCCUACUAACAUGUCUGAUCAGCGCCGAGAUCUACGGCUUCUGGCGCGACUUGAGAGACGGAUGGGAGCACAGCACUCGACUCAAGUCGCAGAACGCGGUGAUCGUCACCAGCAGCGACGUGUUGGGCGUGAUGAGUCUCACCACCGUCGCCAUCAUCGGCUCGAUCUUGCGCUGGAAGCAAGUGCAAAGCGUUAUUGAUAAACUAGUCGACUGCGACGAGAAAAUAGGGAUCAUCUCGCCGAAGAAGGUCCGACGGUACACGAUCCUUCUGACACUCUGCACCGUCUCCUAUGCCAUCAUCCUCUCGUGCCUCGACGUUUACACGUGGAACCACGAGGUGAAGCUAAACAAGAAGCUAAACGACAAGGGUCCGAUCAACUACCUUCCCCUGUACUUCAUGUACAUAGUCAUCAUGAUGAUGGAGGUUCAGUAUGCCGUUGCCACGUAUAACAUUGGCCAAAGGUUUUCCAGACUGAACAAGUGCCUCGAGAACAUCCUCAGGAGCGGCAGGAUCACGGAUCAAUUCAGGAAGGAUCUUGGAUUGGCCGGCGACCUUCGAGAUCAAGGACAAGUUCCUAUGUACAUUCGGCAGGAUUUGGGAAAUACUCGAAUGUUUAGGAAAUCGAAGAUCAUGGAUUCGUCUGGCACAAAUGAUGGCAAAGGUUUCACGGACAGUAUAGCCCAACUGGUGACAGUUCACGCAUCACUGUGUGACACGGUGACACUUAUAAACACCGCUUACGGCGUCAUUAUACUCGUAAUCACAAUCACCUGUCUGAUACAUUUGAUCAUCACGCCGUACUUUUUAAUAAUGGAGGCCGAUGGAAGACGAGAACCGUUAUUCCUCGCAGUGCAAGGAUUGUGGUGCGUCUUCCACAUUUGGAGAUUACUCAUGAUUGUACAGCCCACGUACACGACUACGAUACAGGGAAAGAAAACAGCGGUCCUAGUCAGUCAAUUGCUGUCCGCGAAUCACGACAAGGAAGGCAGGAAACAGCUAGAGAUCUUUUCGCUUCAGCUUCUACACCGCCCGUUAGAAUUCUCAGCGUGCGGACUUUUCACUCUGGAUCGAACUCUUGUGACUUCAAUUGCUGGCGCCGUCACGACGUACCUCGUGAUACUCAUUCAGUUCCAAAAGGAAGACGACACGAAAGGCAAUUACGAUAGCAUCUUGAAGAACGCCACGCAGAUACUGAAAAACGCAUCGACGCUUCACAAUCUCACGGCAGGAAAAUUAGGCCUGAUUUAGGACAAAUUGUGCUUUUUUCAUCCAUCUUUUUUUUAUGUUCUCGAGUCUAUAAUAAAGCUUUUUAAAAGUUA